GAAAUUUGUGCUUUUCCUUCACGGCGGGUGCUUCUCGGAGCAGCCAGCCCCCACCCACCCACCCAAAAACAACAACAACAACAACAACACUUGGAUAUUUGACGAGCAGCGGGCCCCCAGCAAGCAUUUCCUCGAGUCACCCCCUAAUUGAGCUUCGAGCCUCGACUGCUGCGCCCGUGGAGCCACGAUGCAGAUGAGCGGCGAGCGCGACAGCAACAAGCACUCCCUCAUCAACGUCAUGCACCGCUUCAUCGCGGCGGCCAACAACAUGGACGAGACCAUCAUGGUGCCGAGCCUGCUGCGGGACGUGCCGCUGGAGGAGGAGCGGGCGGCCGGCCGGACGGAAGCCAACAACAACAACAACGACGACGACGACGACCGCGACGACGACCGGCGCGCCAGCGAGCAGCAGCGGGACAUGUACGAGCACUACCUGCUCCUCAAGUCCAUGAAGAACGACAUGGAGUGGGGUCUCCUCAAGCGGGAGAUGAGCACCGGCGGCUUCCUGGAGAUGGCCGUCAAGCAGGAGGAGCCCAAGGCCGUCAGCGACAGCGACAGCGCCGACCUGGAGCGACAGUUUCACUUCCACCUGCGCGGACUCUUUGGGGUUCUGUCCAAGCUCACCUUGCAGGCGGACCACGUCACCAACAGAUACAAGCGAGAGAUCGGAGGCGGAAACUUCAUCAGAUAGAACGGCUUUCGUCGUCAUCAUCCUCCUCAUCCUCCUUCCCCUUCGUCUUUGCGCUUUUCGGCCUCCUCGAGACUGCUUGACGUGACUGGCUGUGUCACCGAAAUUGUCUCUGCGACGGCGCGGGGCCGUCCCGGUCCCGGUCCCCGCCGUCUCCCCCUCCUCCCCCUCCUCCCCAAUCAACCCGGCGACGCCCGCUGCGCGUCGUUUUGUGGCGGUCGAAGUGUCCCGACGAAGCACAGCAACUCUUGCUUUGUGUCCACGGCGUGAAUCAAAGAUUUGACAGUAUAGGAGUCAUUGAAUGCUGGUUAUUCUGUCCCUCCUCCCCCCCCGUCCCCCUCUUAAGUUUUUAUUUUGUCUUAUUUUUUUUUUUAAAUUGAAACGCUUGAAGGGCUCUCUUGUGUAACGGGGCGUGCCUUGACUCUUGUGGCCCUGUUCGUUCACAUCCUGUUUGCUAACGGCUCAUCUCAUUUGUCCUCCCCGUUUUUGUUUUACAUUGUGCAAAUAAAUAAUUGGAACAUUUGA